AUGCUUCUAGACGUCGCAGCGAUGAAAGAUUCGAGCAAAUCGCGUCCGAAACACUGGGAUGCAGGGAUGCCCGUGGGGAUGCUGGUGCUGGUGCUGCAACCCGGAAAUGCGGAGUCGCUGCUGCACAACAACGAAACUGGGAAAUUGUCGCAGAACCCCAGAUGGCGCAGUUGGGCAGGAGUUGACGGUCAAAUGGCGACGAACCUCAAAGGGUGCGCGGCCAACUCGUAG